UCCUUGUGAAUCAUUUCAUUGGCCGUUUGCUAAAUAUGACCAAAUACCUAGAUGCCGGUUGCGUUACUUGGUUUGUCCCGACCAUUACAAGACGUAGUAAGGGGGAGGGUCCGGCUUUUUGAGAGAAUACUGACAACUCUCAACUGGAGCGGCGACAGAGACGAAACCGGGAUCGAAUCAGUUGUCACUUAACUUUCAACCUGGACACAUCUCAACGCCAUGGGGAUAUACUAUAAUCUGCUGCUCGUGGUUGUCUUAUUGGCUUGUGGGGCGCUUUCAGACGAGGAUCAAAAGAGCCAUCGACAGAAAAGACUUUUCAGUAUCUUCAACAUCGUCACUUUUAAAAAUGAUGUUUGCACCACAACUGGGACAGGGAACUUGCAAGGAACGUGUUUGACCUCCACUGAAUGCACCGCCAAAGGGGGAUCUUCCUCUGGAAAUUGCGCUGCGGGUUUUGGUGUGUGCUGUCUUUUCAGUGUUAGUGGAGCGUGCACUUCAGCUCAAACGAUUUCUCAGGUAGGCGCUCAAUGACCUUUUCAAUACC